ACUGAUUGUCUGUCUGGUUUCGAUGAACACAACGACAAUGCGGUCUACACUUCAUACCCUUAUCACAGUCUCUCUGUUGGCAUUGUGUGAUGGCGUCAUGGAGACAGUGGUUGGUGUUGCAGGUAGGACGGUAUCUCUGAUCUACAGGUAUGACACCGCUACCCUGGGUCUGACAGAGGUGUGCUGGGGGAGAGGAGCACAKCCGUCUCUCUUCGGCUGUGAGAACACAGUCAUUGCUACUAAUGGAGUAGAGGUGACCUACAGGAGGUCGUACAGACACAGGUUACCAGGGAAGCUUCGGAGUGGAGAUGUCUCUCUCAUUAUCUACAACGUCGGAGAGGGAGACUCUGGGUUCUACCACUGUCGUGUGGCGCAAUCAGGACUGUUCAACGACCUGACGCACACCGUUCAUUUAAUUGUUCGACAAGCACCUGUCGUACCAACUGUCAUCCCAACUGUCAUCCCAACAGUACCAGCCCAACUCCUUCCCAUCACAGACACACCUGGGUCCUCUGUUAUACCAGAAAAUAACAGACAAGCACCUCUCGUCCCAACUGUCAUCCCAACUAUUGUCCCAACGCGACAGAACAACCACUGCCCAUCAUAGAAAAUCUGAGUCCCCUUUUCACACCAGAGAAGAGCA